AUGGGGGUACAGUCUGCAGACGUGUGCAGCGCAGCCAAAAUGAUGCAGCAAGUGGUUGCUGCAGUUGGCACUCUGUUCUCUGUGGCUUAUUCGGGGUAUUUUUUAACCCACUUGGCACGGCACCUCACGCGUGGAUCCCGAGCAGCUCCUCCUUCGGGCACCAAAGCAGCAUCAUCUCCUCCUCUGGCUCCCUCUGCUUGCAAAGAGGAGGCCAAAGAGGAGGAAGAGAGCAGUGAACUUCCCGCUGUUCUGGGAGACGAGGGCGAACACCCCGCGGUUUGGGAAUACAACGGCGAGGCUCCCGCGGUGUGUGACAAGGACAGUGGACAUCUCCCAGAGUGGGACGAGGAUGGUGGACAUCCUGUGGCUUGGGAAGAGGAGGGUGAACAUCUUCCAGCAUGGGAAGCGGACAGAGAAUGUCCCAUGGCUUGGAAAGAUGAUGAUGAACCUGCAGCUUUUUGGGAAGAGGACAGAGAAGCUGCAGAGUUUUGGGAAGAGGAAAGAGAAGCUGCUGUGCUUUGGAAAGAGGAUGAAGAACCUCCCUCUGCUCCUGAAGAGGACACUGAAGCUCCCUGUGCUGCAGGAUCCUGGGCUGAACAUUCUGACAGCAGCACAGCCCUGCAGCCAGAGGGGAGCGGGGAGUGGAGCCUGAUGCAGCUGAGUACGUCUGCUCUGUUCCUGUGUGCCAGAGCAGGGUGCUGGAACACCGUGAGUGUGGGGGAGCCUGCUGAGAAAUACCUGGAACUGGAGCAGAUUGGCCAAGGGGCUUUUGGAACCGUUUCCAAAGGACUCGACAGGGCCACUGGAGGAGAGGUGGCCAUCAAGAAAAUGAGUCUCAGAGGGCAGAACAGGGAACGAGCUGUGAAUGAGGUCGUGGUCCUGAAGGACAAGAAGAACCCCAACAUUGUCAAUUCUUUGGACAGCUUCCUUGUUGAUGGAGAUCUCUGUCUGGUGAUGGAAUACAUGGAUGGAGGAACUUUGCAGGACGUUGUCAGACGGACACGCAUGGCUGAAGGAGAGAUGGCAGCUGUCAGUCAGGAGUGUCUGCAGGGCCUGGAUUUCCUCCAUUCCAUCCGGGUGAUCCACAGAGAUCUGAAGAGCUCCAACAUCCUUCUGGGAAUGGACGGCUCUGUCAAGCUGGCUGAUUUUGGCCUCUGCGCUCAGCUCAGCCCUGAGCAGGACCAGUGCAGCUCCAUGGUGGGCACUGCUCACUGGAUGGCCCCAGAAGUUGUGACCAGUUCUCCUUACGGCCCCAAGGUGGACAUCUGGUCCUUUGGCAUUGUGACCAUCGAGAUGGUGGAAGGAGAACCUCCUUACUUCCAGCAAACGGGGGCCAUGGCUCGCGCUCUGAUCCGGCAGAACGGGACCCCGCAGCUGCAGGAGCCCAGGCGCCUGUCGGCUCUGCUGCGGGACUUCCUCGAGUGCAGCCUGGAGCCGGACGAGGAGCGGCGCUACUCUGCCCAGGAGCUGCUGCAGCACCCAUUUUUAUCAUCAGCCAAGCCUCUCUCCAGCCUGACCCCUCUGAUCACUGCAGCAAAGCAACUGAGGGAGCAGCAGAGGAGGAGAUGA